CUCCUACUAAACUAUUCUUAUAAUCUGAUCUUUGUUGCCACCACCACCUUCUUUGGUAUUCAAUUUCUAUUGCAUCCAAGGGAAAGGCGGGACUGUACCAAAAUGUCAUACUACCUCUCAAUCGUCGUUGACGGUCCUGGUGACGAUCCAAAUCACCGCUCCCACUGGGCCUUCGCUAUCCAUGCGCCCGGCUCCCAGAUCGGCAACGUUCUCCAUGUCACUCCUCUCGAUCUUAACAAACUCAUAUAUGCUUUCGACAAGCGCAAAGGCGUCGAGGUUCAGUCCAAAUCAUCUGAAGGCUACUUUACCAUCGCAACAUUGUCGCUAGAGCAGUAUCCUCGUGCGGAUCGGAUCAUCAGUCAAGAGCCGGCUCCAAAUAAUGGGAGUGACAGGUGUCAAGAUUGGGUACAGAAUUGUAUCAUUGCACUCGAGGUGGAAGAGAUUGUCCCGCCAGGAACGAGUGAGUGGCUUGGGGGAUUGGUGGGGCAGCCAGCAGCGACGGUAGCGAGUAAGAUCGGGACCCGCUGGGUGCGUACCGCUGGUUAG